AUGAAUCUCAACUUCACCUCCCCGCUACAUCCAGCGUCUUCUCAAAGGCCCACAUCCUUCUUCAUUGAGGACAUCCUGCUGCACAAGCCCAAGCCGCUGAGAGAGGUGGCUCCCGAGCAUUUUGCUAGCUCGCUGGCCUCCCGGGUACCUCUGCUAGACUAUGGUUACCCUCUCAUGCCUACACCCACCCUCCUGGCUCCUCACCCCCAUCAUCCUCUUCACAAGGGGGACCACCAUCAUCCUUAUUUUCUCACCAGCUCGGGGGUGCCCGUCCCAGCGCUGUUCCCGCACCCCCCGCACGCCGAGCUGCCGGGGAAGCACUGCCGCCGCCGCAAAGCUCGCACGGUUUUCUCCGACUCGCAGCUGUCGGGCUUGGAGAAGAGGUUUGAGAUCCAGCGCUACUUGUCCACCCCGGAGCGGGUGGAGUUGGCCACGGCCCUCAGUCUGUCCGAGACUNAGGUGAAAACAUGGUUCCAGAACCGACGAAUGAAGCAUAAAAAGCAGCUGAGAAAAAGCCAGGACGAGCCCAAAGCGCCAGACGGGUCGGAGAGCCCGGAGAGCAGCCCCCGCGGCCCAGAAGCCGCCUCCGCCGAGGCUCGGCCCGGCCUGCCCGCCGGGCCCUUCGUGCUGACCGAGCCGGAGGACGAAGUGGACAUUGGGGACGAAGGGGAGCUCGGCGCAGGGCCGCACGUGCUCUGA